UCUUUCCAAGCCUCUGAGAAGGGAAAGAUUGACCUUCAAUUGACAGACGAUGACCUGAACUGUCAGUACGUUUCAUUCAGCGGCAAAUUCUCCACUGAUGGAACCCCCGUCAGAGUAUUUGCUUCAAUUAAUCAUGGAAAUAAAUCAUCAGGGGUCCAUGAUUUAGCUUUUAUUUGGAUCGAAGAUGUUACAACAAGCCAUUUCAAAGCCUGUCUCAAACAGAGUGGCAAAAACCCAGAAGGCAACAGAACUAUGAUUGAUUGGUUUGCAUUCCAAGGAUCACAAUUGGGAGUAUCACAUGGCCAGAUUCGUUUUAACCUUUUCACUACUGGAUCACAAUGCAAGUGGGUUAAGUUUUCUCAGGUAUGGUUACCUUUAAUGUCAGUUGUUACUAAUGAGUAGUUUGGUCAUUGACUGUUUGCAUCAAUUUAACUCUCUUCAUCUUCUGAAUUUGUUUUAUUUCUUUCUGGCACAACUUAUGGACACUCAUUUGAAGUCUUCAAAGCCUCUAUUUCAUUUACUCCUUACUUCCUACUUACUUUAGUUUUACUCAUAUACGUUGGGUCUUCCCAUUUUUUCCCAUUUAACCAAUAAAUUCAUUUACUCAUCAUCUGCUUAGUCGUGUACUCGUUAAUUUGACCUUUUAUGCUACGCCUCUUUGUCUAUCUUCCAUUUUCCAUCCUUCUCUUUUAAAGCUGUCUUUUGUUCCAUAAAAAAAGUCAUGACUAUUUUACAACGCAGAAGAAAAAGCUGUGUGUUUUCUCUUUAUAUAAGGCGUUUUCAUCAGUUCCCAAAAUCCACGUGACUGUGCAACAUGGAAUUCCAAACAAAGGGCAGGACCCCAUGAAUGUUUGGAUUACAAACGUUUCCGCGAAUCGCUUUGAAGUUUGUUUACAAGAGUCCACAACGUUCAGCGGCCUUCACGACAAGCUUUCGGUGGUAUGUAAAAAUGCAACCAUGACAAAAUCUAUUUCACGCGGCCGUGGAAUCGCUUCAAAUUUUCUAUUGCUCUUUCACUUGGCAGAACUGGAUGGCGUUCGAAUAUUACCCGUCAGUUUGGAAGGCAAAAGAGUCCUCAUUGGUGAAGUUUUCCGAAAACGAAGUACCAUCUGCACGAGACAGUUACGCCCUGUGUAAGGUAUGACCAAACAAAGGUUAUUUUCCGAGUACUUUCAAAGUGAUUACUAUAAUUGACCUUGUUCACCUUAAUCAUGCCUUGCUUUACUAAUGAACAAAUGACAAGUUAUAUCACUUGUAUCAUAAAAUUCGUGUUCGAUCGAUUGUUUCCUUCGUUUGUUUGUUUGCUUUACUUUUUUUUUUAAUUUUAAUUAAUUGUUUGUUCACUUUCGUUUUCAAUUUUAGAAUUUGGAAAAUUAGAUCUUUUUUCUUUCAUCAAACGUAAUCUCCACGCAGUUCAACUCAUAUUCUUUACAUGGAGACUGCAAUCUUAUAAUCUGGAUCGGUUAAUCUCCCUUCCCUCCCCCCUUCUGCAUGAGGAUAAAAUGAUGACCGGUAAGUGAUACCUAGAAAACCAAAUGGAACUAACAUACCAAUUAAUAUAAACAAUUGUAAUUUUUCGGAAACGAACCUCUUCUGACAUAAAGUUUCCAAAUACAUUGAGACUUUUCCUUGCCAUUCAAAGAUUCAAAAUAACUCUUCGAGCGAAAGAGAAUUCCGUUCUCCUAGAGGGAUAGAUCAGAUACCUUUAACCUGGGUUAAGCCAAGCUUCGAGAAAUAUCGCAAUGAAAUAGGACCUUUUUCGCUUUGCAGAAUGUCUCCUUUUCAAGUCCAUUUUACUCUGCACCAGUGGUACUCACCACUGUCAUUAGUGGUGUCGGAAACAGCGCAAACAGUGGGUGUCCAGCGAAAGGUCCUUCAAUAACUUGGCUGGAGGUGAGGCGAUGUAGUUUGGGGUCAUUCAGAGCAUUAGAUCAUUAAUAUUUACAAAAGGCAAAAACAGCCUUCACAUGAGGACAUCGAACCAAUGAUUGUUGAAUCAAGACAAUUGAAGAUUCAAAUCAGUUAUGUGAGUCAACUGGGGCUCGUAAUUAAAAAGUAGAAAAUAGUAUAGAGGCAAAUAGUUUGAGGUAAUGACUACAGCUGAAUGGCCGUAUCUAUAACUUGUUAGAGAUUUUGCUUAAUCAUCAUCUUUUCUAAGAUUACUAUCAUAAAACACGAGCUGUAUUGAAAGAAAAACGAACAAACAAAAACGCAGUUUAGUUAGAGCAAACCUACUGCGUCAGCUACUGCCACGUUCAAGGAAAGAAGUUUUAAGUUAAUUUAAUAAAAGUUGCAUUUUUCCCUCUUCUUUGAUAGAAAGUCUCCACCUAUUACUUUCGAGUGUGUAUCAAGGAUAGUGCUGGGUAUGAUGGUCAAAGAAGCAAAGUUCUGGUAGAUUACCUGGUUAUUGGAGGUAUAAUGUAG